AUGAUGUUGAUAGAAUUUUGUUAUGCCCUGGUCUUCAUCUUUUGUGCAUUAUUUGCAGUGCUGAAAUGGAACAACAUAAGAUAUUCAAGGAAAGGAAUGCCUCCAGGAUCAUUGGGUUGGCCUUUUGUUGGAGAGACUCUUCAAUUUCUCACACAAGGACCAGAUUUCAUGAAAGGAUGCAGAUUGAGAUAUGGAAAUCUCUUCAAAACUCAUGCAUUAGGCUCUCCAAUUGUUGUUAGCAUGGAUCCUGAUACCAAUAGAUACAUACUCUUGAAUGAAGCAAAAGGCUUGGUUCCUGGGUACCCCGAUUCCAUGAGGAAGAUCCUAGGAACUAACAUUGCUGAGGUUCAUGGUGCAGUCCACAAACGAAUCAGAGGCUCACUGUUAUCUCUCAUUGGUCCAAUGGCAGUUAAGGAUCGUCUUUUGCCAGAAGUUGAUGAGUUCAUGAGGUCUUACCUUGACAACUGGGAUGGUAAAAUAGUUGAUCUUCAAGAAAAAACAGUUGAGAUGGCAUUCUUUAUUUCCAUGAAAGCUGUGGUAGAAAGUGAGCCACACUCUUUCCUCGAGUCUUUCAAAGCCACAUUUGAUAAAAUGGCAGUAGGAACAAUAUCCUUGCCAUUUAAAAUUCCAGGAACUGAAUAUUAUCGAGGGAUUAAGGCCAGGGAAAAAGUGCUUACAAUGCUAAGAGAGCUCAUAGCCAAGAGAAGAGCUUCUUCAGCUACUCAUGACGACAUUCUUGAACACCUUAUAAGAAAUGAGGAUGGCAAACACAAGUUAGAUGAUGAAGAAAUAAUGGAACAAAUCAUCACAAUUUUGUAUUCAGGUUAUGAAACAGUAUCAACUACUACAAUGAUGAGCAUCAAAUACCUUUGUGAUAACCCUAACUUUCUUGAGGCAGUACGAGAUGAACAUUUUGCAAUCUUGCAAAAGAAAUUGCCUGGGGAACGGAUCAACUGGGAUGACUACAAGAAUAUGAGCCAAACUCGUGCGGUGAUACUUGAGACCAUGAGAUUGGCUAGUGUUGUUUCUGGAGUGAUGAGGAGGACUACUAAUGACAUAGAAUUGAAUGGGUUUAUGAUUCCCAAGGGAUGGAGAGUUUAUGUUUAUACAAGGGAGACUAACUUGGAUCCCAUCCUUUAUGAAGAACCUCUUACUUUUAACCCCAGGAGAUGGCUGGAGAAAGGGUUGGAGACUCAUAAUCACAACAUGCUGUUUGGAGCAGGAGGCAGGGUGUGUCCUGGAAAGGAAUGGGGCAUGCUCAAAAUUAGUCUUUUUAUUCACUAUUUUGUGACUAGAUACAGGUGGGAAGAAGCAGAAGGAAACAAGAAACUUAUGAAAUUUCCAAGAGUCUUAGCACCAAAAGGACUACACAUAAAAAUCACAAAGUACUAG